AUGGUUCACAGUUCCCGGUUAGCAGAGAUCCUGUUUGUUGGCCUUUGUGAUAAGAUAGGAUUCCCGGAAGAAGUCGCCAUCAGAAGGUGUCUGUUGGACCUAAGAGAGAUGAUAAAGAUACCUAUUUGUUUGCAAAGAGGAGCGUUAGUGAUUUCUACUGGUAGUUACAGAGAGGGCUUUAGGUUAAAAUCAUGUGACCUAGAUUUUAUGCGCUGGCCUUGUAAAUGUAAAUUAAUAAAUGAUAUGUCUCAGUUGGGGAUGUAUAAUACAUCCAAACAUGAUAUCAUAAUGAUGGAAGAUUUCGACGUACCACCAGGGUUUGUAAGACUACGUCUCCUUACACCCACACGAGACAUUUACCUUUUAUCUAGUCUUGUUACCGUAAAUGGUGAAGCAUAUCUGUCGAGUUCUUUAUGGCGAGAAAUAAAUUUUCUGUCAAUGGCAAGCGAUAAAAGCUUUGAACAUAAUAAUAUCCAUAUCCAUGGUCCAUGUACUAGUGGUUCGGAUAAAAUAUUUGAAUUUGAUCAUGCUGUUGGUUUUGCAAGUAUAAUUUGGCCUAAACAAAUGAGAGCUUGGUUUGACAGAUGUCAGAGACAAUCAUGGCCGCCUGUUCAAAUGUUGCAAAUAUUACUUAAAAAUGGAUUGCACUGUGUGCCCAUUGGAAGUAAAAUUGUAUCGACUUCUAACGAAUUAGAAUGGAGAUUAUCAUUUUCUAUAGCAGAACAACGACUAGUGUUUAUUAUGAAUCAUAUACAAUUUCUAUGUUACGGACUUCUAAAAAUAUUUCUAAAGGAAAUUUUCAAUUACAAAGAAGAACCACUUCUUUGUUCAUAUUACAUGAAGACCACAAUGUUCUGGAUGAUACAACAGGGACAUUUAAGGUGGUGUCCGAACAAUUUAUUGGAUUGCCUCUGGAAGUGUUUCAACUAUCUCAUUCACUGUGUUUAUAGAGAAAAUUUCCCCAACUUUUUUAUCCCUCAGAACAACAUGUUCAUAAACUCUGUAGUUGGUGGUGCACGCAAAUCACUUUUAAAACAGCUCUAUCAGUAUUACAAAAUGGGUGUGUCCUGUCUACUGCUGAGUCCGACUCUGAGAUCAAUCCUAGAACCAGCUCUCUGUAGUCCGUCCUUUGUGCUAUCGUCUGCUGAGGAAAGAUUUAUAGGUGUUGCAGAUAUAGAUAUGUGGUGUAGGACGGAAAUUAGUAAUAACUUCCUCCCUUACAGGAAUAUACCAGAUUGGUAUCUUUACUUGAAAUCAAUUGAAAAAUUAUCAAGUUUUUCAUUAUCUCCAUACCAGAUUCUUGGAAUACAGUAUGCUACAGCUGAGACGCUUGUUCAUCUGGCCUUCGCAGUUGCAAACGCCUCUGUUUCUUGUACACAAAAACAUGUAUACCUUUUAGAUAGAAUAAAUUGUAACAUGAUAAAGUUAGCAGCUAAGUUAUUUCCAAUGUCUAAUUUAGUAUACCUUGCAUUGUAUUACUAUAGAACAGCUCAGUAUGAUAAAACACUACACACUGUCACUCUCUGUAAACAAAGAUUGUCGCAGGACUUUAACCUGUAUUGUAAAACUUUCGAUAGACAGAGGUACCAUGAGGUUGUAGGUAACCUACCUUUGUCUAAAAGGAUGAAACAAUCUUGGGUUAUAGAUAUAAAUUUAAAUAACGCUCUUCAUUUUAUAGAAGAAUUAGAUUUAGAACAGACUUUGAGUCUACAGAAUGGAACAGUUAUCCUACUUAUACCACCAAUAGUUGUGAUAGAGAUGUUGUCAGUGUUAUCUCACUACAGACUAGGUAAUAGAUCUCAGAGUUUACAGUCAGUGACAGACCUCAAGACUCUGUUGCUGAAUGAUGAUGAUGGGAAGUAUGUACCUUCGCGAUCACGAGACAUAUCCUGGCAGAUACUUGGAAUCUGCAAGAAUACUGUGGGUGACUUCGAGGGGGCGUUGUGGUCUUUUGAAGAGUCGCUUAUGAUGGAACCAUUCCACGAAAUAUGGAAAGCUACAGAAAGAAGAAUUCGACAUGUUGCACAGCAAUUAAAUAUAAAUGUACGAUAUAUAAUCGAAAAGGGAUCAUUAGUGUAUGCUUAUUCUAUCCAUGCAUCGUAA